AUGCAUGUACUGCUGGGUCAUUACGAAGAGUAUCAUAAGAAGAAGCCAAACAAGCAUUCUUCGUUGUUGAAUGAUGUGCGUCUUGCUUGCGCACACCUGUCAAGCUCCCCAGACGGGGACUAUCAAAGUCAUGAAGCGGAUGGUCAAUCAGAUGACGAGGGGGAGGGAGCCCCGAUGGAUGAAGGCAGUGAUAAGGACCAAAAUGACUGGGCCAUGGAGGCCGACGGUGUGGCCGAGCAUGAACAGGGGUCAGUCAAGGACCAAUCUUCUGACGAUCCCUCCGAGGGUUCGAUCAUGAUGGCUUUUACUAUUUGUCAGAAAUAUGGUGGAUUCGCAUGUGGAUUUCUGGGUAUAUACCCACAAUAUCUUACGACAUCAUUAUCAGACACCUCACAAAAUCGUGCAUACUACUCUUUGUCAGCAUGUCCUACAAAAUUGCCAGUUUCAUAG